GGUUUUCGCCGCUCGCCACGGGAAGGCGGGGAGCUGGAGGCCUCCUCGUCCCGGGAUAUUUGGGGGGGACUGGUGAAAAUGGUCAUUUCUACCGCCGUCGGCCUCCCUCGCCUCUGCCGCCCCUCCGAGCCCCGCUAGGCCGGGGGCCGCUGUGGACCGGUUUGGCGGAGACCUGGCUGGAGGCUGGACGGCGCGGAGGGGAGGGAGAGCGGGGGUGCGGCCCGCCAGCGCCCGUUGUCGCCCGGCCCCGGAGGGCGUGGGGACCCGGGGGCGGUGAAAGAGCCGCGGUAGAUCCGCCUCUUUCAUUGAUGAAAUUUAAGUUCGUGUGAUUUUACCUUUUCUGGGAGUCUCCAGGCGGCCCUCAUUUGUGUCAGGAGUUACCAGCCGACUCAGUCGCACCAAGUUUCUGCCUUUGGAAGUGGAGGAGGUUUUCCUUUCCUUUUUUUUUUUUUUUUUUUUUUGAGGCAGUUUUAAUCGCUUUGAACAAAUAUUCCCUUAAGUGGCUAAACAUAGGAAGAGGAGAAAGAACACGUCGGUUAGUAGAGCAGGGGAGGAAAUCUCUACCUGAGAAGAGUGACUCCUCUAGAAACCAACAGAUAGACUAGUAUAUAAGCCAGAGUAUUUCAAUAAACCCCUACAAUGUCGAGAUUUGUACCAGAUCUUAGCAAAGCAAUGUCUCAGGAUGGCGCUUCUCAGUUCCAAGAGGUCAUUCGACAAGAGCUAGAAUUAUCUGUGAAGAAAGAACUAGAAAAAAUACUCAUCACAGCACCAUCACAUGAGUUUGAGCACACUAAAAAAGACCUUGAUGGAUUUCGUAAGCUAUUUCAUAGAUUUUUGCAAGAAAAGGGACCUUCUGUGGAUUGGGGAAAAAUCCAGAGACCUCCAGAAGAUUCGAUUCAACCCUAUGAAAAGAUAAAGGCCAGGGGCUUACCUGAUAAUGUGUCUUCUGUGCUGAACAAGCUGGUGGUGGUAAAACUCAAUGGCGGUUUGGGAACCAGCAUGGGCUGCAAAGGUCCGAAAAGUCUGAUUGGUGUGAGGAAUGAGAAUACCUUUUUGGAUCUGACGGUUCAGCAAAUUGAACAUUUGAAUAAAACCUACAAUACAGAUGUUCCUCUUGUUCUAAUGAACUCUUUUAACACAGAUGAAGAUACAAAAAAAAUACUACAGAAGUACAGUCACUGUCGUGUGAAAAUCUACACUUUUAAUCAAAGCAGGUACCCUAGGAUUAAUAAAGAAUCUUUACUGCCUGUAGCAAAGGAUGUAUCGUACUCAGGGGAAAAUACAGAAGCUUGGUACCCGCCAGGUCAUGGUGAUAUUUACGCCAGUUUCUACAACUCUGGUUUGCUCGAUAUCUUCAUUGGAGAAGGCAAAGAGUAUAUUUUUGUGUCUAACAUAGAUAAUCUGGGUGCAACAGUGGAUCUUUAUAUUCUUAAUCAUCUAAUGAACCCACCCAAUGGAAAACCUUGUGAAUUUGUCAUGGAAGUCACAAAUAAAACACGUGCAGAUGUAAAGGGUGGGACACUCACUCAGUAUGAAGGCAAAUUGAGACUGGUGGAAAUCGCUCAAGUGCCAAAAGCACAUGUUGAUGAGUUCAAGUCUGUAUCAAAAUUCAAAAUAUUUAACACAAACAACCUCUGGAUCUCUCUUGCAGCAGUUAAAAGACUGCAGGAGAAGAAUGCUAUUGACAUGGAAAUCAUUGUUAAUCCAAAGACUUUGGAUGGAGGCCUGAAUGUCAUUCAAUUAGAAACUGCAGUAGGGGCUGCCAUUAAAAGUUUUGAGAACUCUCUAGGUAUCAAUGUUCCUAGAAGCCGUUUUCUCCCUGUGAAAACCACAUCAGAUCUCUUGCUUGUGAUGUCAAACCUCUAUAGCCUUAAUGCAGGAUCUUUGACAAUGAGUGAAAAGCGGGAAUUUCCUACAGUGCCCUUGGUUAAACUUGGCAGUUCUUUUACAAAGGUUCAGGAUUACCUAAGGAGAUUCGAAAGUAUACCAGAUAUGCUUGAAUUGGAUCACCUCACAGUUUCAGGAGAUGUAACAUUUGGCAAGCACGUUUCAUUAAAGGGAACAGUUAUCAUCAUUGCCAAUCAUGGUGACCGAAUUGACAUCCCACCUGGAGCAGUAUUAGAGAACAAGAUUGUAUCUGGGAACCUUCGUAUCUUGGACCACUGAAAUGAAAAAAUACUGUGUACACUUUAUACUAAUCAUGGGCUAGUUUCUUACAACAAAAUGUUCUCUAGCAUUCUAUAAUAGGCAGGUACUUUUAUUGUGUUUACUGUACCUGCAGUGUUAAUUUUUAAAGUAGAGUUUUCUGCAGUAUGCUUUUAUUUUAGUCUAAGAAAAGCACAGAUGGAAGCAAUACUUUUCUUCUUGGAAGAGGAUCCUGGAAGUUCAUCUUAAAGUGCAAUAUUGUUUAAUCUUAAAACUGGGGCAGCUCUGCUGGGAAAUCUUUUAACAGAGGCCUCAAUGAUGGUCACUUUGAAUUGCUUGUGAUUUCAGAAAUAAAGCUGUGAAGCAAUACAUGUGUACACUUA